AUGAGAAAGCACCCCCGCGUGGCAGGUGUGGCUCACCGGGAGGCAGGUGUGGCUCACAGGGAGGCAGGUGUGGCUCACCGGGUGGCAGGUGUGGCUCACCGGGUGGCAGGUGUGGCUCACCGGGUGGCAGGUGUGGCUCACCGGGUGGCAGGUGUGGCUCACCGGGAGGCAGGUGUGGCUCACCGGGUGGCAGGUGUGGCUCACCGGGUGGCAGGUGUGGCUCACCGGGUGGCAGGUGUGGCUCACCGGGUGGCAGGUGUGGCUCACCGGGUGGCAGGGGCACGGUGGCAGUGUGGCUCACCGGGUGGCAGGUGUGGCUCACCGGGUGGCAGGUGUGGCUCACCGGGUGGCAGGUGUGGCUCACCGGGUGGCAGGUGUGGCUCACCGGGUGGCAGGUGUGGCUCACCGGGUGGCAGGUGUGGCUCACCGGGUGGCAGGUGUGGCUCACGGGUGGCAGGUGUGGCUCACCGGGUGGCAGGUGUGGCUCACCGCAUGGCAGGUGUGGCUCACCGGGUGGCAGGUGUGGCUCACCGGGUGGCAGGUGUGGCUCACCGCAUGGCAGGUGUGGCUCACCGGGAGGCAGGUGUGGCUCACCGGGUGGCAGGUGUGGCUCACCGGGUGGCAGGUGUGGCUCACCGGGUGGCAGGUGUGGCUCACCGGGUGGCAGGUGUGGCUCACCGGGUGGCAGGUGUGGCUCACAGGGAGGCAGGUGUGGCUCACCGGGUGGCCGUUGCGGAAGACAAAGUCGGAACCCCUCGUGUUGAACUCGCGGUGCAUGUGACACGCCCCCGCUCAGGUUGGCCGCUCGGAUCUGAUGCUCCAUAUGGCAGGAUGACACGUGCAUGCAUGGCAGGAUGA